CCUGGAGCUUCAUUCAUACGACAUCAUCGGUCUGUUUGCAACCUUACAGGGGCGACACACAUCCCUAAAUCAUCAGGAACAACACGUUUCUGAAAACUAAUCCCGGUCCGGACGAACGAAGAGUCGUUUCAAGACGUGAAACUGGAGCAUCUGGAGCACUUUUAAUAUAAGUGUGCAACUCAAAAGUUGGAGAAGGACAAGUCAGGUUGCUGUGGCUCAUAUUUACUGACGAUGUUGGGACAAACCUGGGAGUGCAAAUGUUAGAUUUAAACCUAGAUCGUUAAAAGAAGAGGAAGAGAAAGGAGUGGUGCGUAACUUUCCUUCGCCGCAAGACGCACGGACUCAGCCAGCGCGCGCUGUCAAAGCGAGCACCAGACUAAUCCCCGUCAGGUUUUGGAGAUUCGACUUUACACGCGGCUCAGAAGUAAAACCUCUAAUAGAAUACCAAUGGUUUUCCUUUGGGACGCCAAAUACGACCAGGCCCCUCACCGCCGCUUCACACCGCCCUCCUCCAGCCUGGGCCCGGGGAAGAUGAGCGACACUCUGCCUGCGAUCGGAGCGCACGAGGGCGGCGGCGGGAAACUGCGCAUGUGUGACCGCAGCAUGGAGGUCCUCUCUGAGCACCCGGGAGAGCUCGUGCGCACCGACAGUCCUAACUUCUUGUGCUCGGUGCUGCCCACACACUGGCGCUGCAACAAGACUCUGCCCAUCGCCUUCAAGGUGGUUGCCCUUGGCGACAUCCCCGAUGGCACACUUGUGACUGUGAUGGCAGGAAACGAUGAAAAUUACUCAGCUGAACUCCGCAAUGCCACAGCAGCCAUUAAGAACCAGGUGGCCCGUUUCAAUGAUCUGCGCUUUGUGGGUCGCAGCGGAAGAGGGAAGAGUUUUACUCUCACCAUCACCGUAUUCACUAACCCCCCUCAAGUGGCCACCUAUCAGAGAGCCAUCAAGAUCACGGUAGACGGACCAAGAGAACCACGUCGACAUAGACAAAAGCUGGAAGAAGCUGUAAAGCCAGGAGCACUGGCCUUUUCCGAGCAGUUGAGGAGGAGUGCCAUGAGGUGCAGUCCUCACCAGGCCUCUGCGCCCAAUCCCCGCCCCGCUCUGAACACACCUCCUUUUGGUAGCCCCGCCCACAGCCAAAUACCUGACUCCAGGCAAAUGCAGACAUCUCCGUCUUGGUCUUAUGAACAAUCCUAUCCUUAUCUGGGUGCCAUUUCUGCUCCAGCUAUUCACCCUACGACACCCAUCUCUCCCAGCCGCAACCCAAUACACUGUUCAGACCUGUUCAGUGACCCACGUGUCGGUCUGGAACGCCCCUUCUCCUCCAUCCCCUCGCUGCCAGACAACCGUUUCACCGACCCUCGGGUUCCUUACCCCACCGCAGCCUUCACCUACACCCCUACCCCUGUUACCAACGCUAUAGGUAUCGGCAUGUCAGCCAUGACUGCUCCCACUGGCCGCUACCACACUUACUUACCACCCCCCUACCCUGCCGGCUCCUCCCAGGGUCAGAGUGGACACUUCCAGGCCAGCACUUCACCCUAUCACCUCUACUACAGCAGCGCUACCGGGUCAUACCAGUUCUCCAUGAUGUCAGGAGGAGGUGGUGGGGACCGCUCGCCCCCCAGGAUCCUUCCACCCUGCACCAGCGCCUCGACGGGCUCGGCCCUCCUCCACCCCUCACUGCCAAAUCAGAAUGACAUUGUUGUUGAGGCAGAGGAAAGCCACAGCAGCUCUCCAACCAGCAUGUCUGCUGAGGCCGUGUGGCGGCCAUACUGAGCACCAGCUUUACUGAAUAGUGGACUGACACCUUGACCAAUAUGAAGUGGAGCAGUGCAUGGACUCACUUUACCAAAGCAUGAGACACAGUUUUGUUUUUCUUAAGAUAAUUAUGGAUAAUUUGUUGUUGCUAUUAUUAUUAUUAUUAUUAUUAUUAUUACACCAGCUCAUUCUACUUCGAAACAAAUACACUGACAUAGCACUGUCAUCAAACUUGAAUAUGAAGAAUUAUAUCAUCAUAGUUGAAAAAUAUUAGCUGUAAAAUGUAUAUCUGCCAAAAUAUCAGCUCAUAUGCUGGGAACUCUUCAUCUGUGACAAUGAAUUAUGAAUUUCGCACAUGACUGCCUGUUUAUUUACAAUAACUCGAUGAGUCUUGACUGAGCCCCAGCAUAUACGUAGUUCUGAGAUUUCGAACUAAAACCUAUAGAUGGCUGUGUGUCCUGUGACUCACUGAGCUCACCACUGAGCUAAGGUUAGCAUUGUGCUAACAGCACAAGCAUUGGAUGAUUUCCAUUGCUUCGGGUGAUUUCCAUUUAAGAGUGAAAAGAGACAUGGAGCUCUGUUGCACUGGAAUCCCAGGUUAAUGAGGCUUUACAUCAUCAGUCACUGCCUUUUAAGGUCGUCUUACAGUGCAAACCUGUUUGUAUUUCAGAUAUCCACUUAAACCAGUAUAAUGGACGAGUUUGGCCCUACUUUUAUGUAAAUAGACUGUAAACUACUUGUUGAUAUCACUGGUUGAUUGACAUUGGCUGUGACAGUGUCUUUGACUUCUACACUUGAGAAAACUAGAAAUGCUCCAUAGCCUAUAUGUUUUUUUUAAGUACCGCUUUAUUUUGUGGAUGUAAACCUUGUGAAGAAACUGAUCAUUUGUAGACAA